CUGUUGUGACUUCUGUGUGAGGUGUAUCGUACAGACAGGUCAGCAUGCACCCAGUACUGAUCCAGCCUCUAAGGAGCAUGUCUUCAAAACGAAAGAACACCCCAACAAAGCUGCCAAAAGACGACGUCGUAAGCGAGCGACCAAUCAGUGAGUGUGACAGUAACCAAGACAGUGACGGAGAAUUAGACCCCGCCCAUUUACAAAUUGUCACAAAAUCGGAUAGCGAAUCUCAGGACUCGGACAGCUGUGGAUUAGACAGACCUCCCAGCAAAAAACAACGAAUUCUCCAAAGAGUACGACAAGGGUCAGACUCAGACAACGAGCUUAAUUUCUCAACACAUUUCAAUAACAAUAAUAACCAUAUCACAACAAAGUCCACGUUUGGACUGCAGAGAAAGUCUAUGGACAGUGUUCUUCGACGAUUGAGCUCAAAGUCUGACAGUGAGCUUGAGAAUAACAAUAUGGCUGACAAACCGGCCAAUUCUGAUGUGCGUGUGAAAGAAAGUAUUCAGAUGCUACUUAGCGAUGGUAGCCUGACUGACAAGGAGCGAAGGCUCAGUGACAUGAUUGCUCAACUGCAGGACCUAAAGGAAGACAUCAGCAAACAGAAUAAAGUGAAUGAUGGAUCAGCUGAAACAUCCGAGUCCAAACUAACAGUUCAAUCAUCCGCAAAUUCAUCAUAUGCUUCAUCGAAAAGUUCAUCUCCUAUAACCAUGGAUACAAUGAAGAGAAUGUCUGUGUCUCCUCCAAUGGCUGCCUCUCCAUACCAUGCAUCCCCACACUCCCAGGCAUCACCACGACAACGCAGUCCUCAUAAUGCCAGCCCCGCCCAGGCUUGGACCGAACAUCAUGCUGUACCCACUGGUCAGGAAAUCCCACUGAAUCUCACAAAACCCAAGGCUGAGUUUAAGUUAGAGCAUAUGGACAAUGGGUAUGGUAUUGGGCAUGGAGCACAUCCGGAACCAAUAGUGACACCUCCACCAGCUCAUAGUAACCAUAGGCGCCAGACAGCUACAUCAACGCCACCUACAGACACAGCAACGUCAUUUAUGCAGACACGGUCACCCUUUGGCCUGCCCCAGUAUGUGACCAGUCCUUACAUGAUGACAAAUCAUCUUCCUGUGUCUGCAGUCCUCAACAGUUUGUCCGCCCACUCUCCGCUCCUCAAUGGAAAGUCACAUUCCGACCUAGAGAAGGAGAGCCUGGUACAGGAGGUUUUGGCACGUCAGUUACAACACAGUGUGAGUGGACCAGUAUUUCCGGGCCUGCAUCUACCCCUGUACACCGGUGCCGCCUUCCCUCAGCUCCCUCAGGUUAACCCAAGCAUCAAGGGACGAGCAGAUAAUUCCCCUGAAGACUCCCCUAGCAACGGUGCUUAUGUCCAACACUUACAAAGUAAGAUGUUUGGUGCAAAGAUAAUUCGUUCCAACAAGGAGAAAAAUGACCCAUCUCGACCACACAUCAAACGACCAAUGAAUGCCUUUAUGGUUUGGGCUCGUGAGGAACGUAGGAAGAUCCUCAAGGCAUGUCCUGACAUGCACAACUCAAACAUUAGCAAAAUCCUAGGAGCUAAAUGGAAGGCAAUGACCAAUGCAGAAAAACAACCGUUUUAUGAAGAACAGUCUCGUCUCAGUAAACUUCACAUGGAGAAACAUCCAGACUACCGAUACAGACCCCGUCCAAAACGUACCUGUAUAGUUGAUGGUAAGAAGUUAAGGAUUUCGGAGUACAAAUCUUUGAUGCGGUCACGGCGACAGGAUAUACGUCGAGUUUGGUACGGGGAUUCGGGCACCACCUAUGUGGAAGGACUCUUAGGAGAGCAGUCACCCAAUGCUGGUUUCGAGGGGGAGCAAAAGUUAGCUGGAACUGAUGGUGUGGUUGGAUCCCGAAUGGAACACGGAAUGUUAGGGGAGUUAGUUCCCGAGGGGGACAGUAGUGACAAUGAUGACUACAGUGAUACUAUGGAACAUCUGUCUGACGUCAGCCUUGACACGCCCAUGUCGCUAGCGCCGGGUAGCUCGACACCUUUCAGACCAGGACUCAACUCUCAUCCCAUUGCUGCCACGGCAACAACAUCAUAGCUUCCAAUGUAUCAUCAUUUCCUUCUACAGACAUAAAUGGCAGCACGGUGAACGUGAGAUAUCAUACAAGAACUUAGAUGCUGGUGAACUUGUAUUUAUGAGAACGAAAGAUUUUUGUGAUUCUUAAUGGAAGGGGCCUCGAUCUGUGUAAUCCUUGUAUGUAGUGAUCAAAUGUGACACCUUAUAGUGUUAUUAUAGAGUCCUCUUCAUCAAAAUCCAAUAGAACAAGGCCAUCCAAUACCAUCUGACACUGUUAUUACUGGUGGGCUGCACAAAACAAAUGUAACGGACAUUCCAAAUACACCUUGCCAAGAGACACAACCCUUAUUGUGAGUCAAACAGACAUUUCGUGAAGUACGAGUCAGACAUAUAUAUAUAUGCUUAACUUUUUAUUUAGUGGUUCUGAGUCUGACAAACGUUUGACUUUACUAAUUCUGGGUCAGACAAAUGUUUGCAUACAUAGUGCAGAGUGGUGUUGCCAUAGUGACAUGGUGCUAGAUGGUCUGUAGAUUUAUAAUAGAUGUGUGUUGUUACGGAUAGUAGGAUGUCUGUCUAGUGAUGUUUGUUGGUGGGUGGGGGGAAGCUGUUAAAUAUAGAUUUGUGAGAUUGGUAAAGUGGGAUAUGCUGGUAGAUUUAAGGGACGGGUAGGGUUAGAUUUCAGGGAAGGUGCAGUGGGAUGGGUUUUGUAUAGAGAGACAGGUUGUGUAUGCGAGGUGACUAUGUUAGUUGUGAUAAUGCUUGAGAAGCCACCAUAACAUCCAUCCAGCCAGUCAAAAUAGCAAUAUAUAUUACAUAUAUAUAUAUAUAUAUAUAUACUCGUCGCUUAUAAAUAUGUAUUUUCAUGGCCAUGACGAUGUCCACAGACGGGACUUAACACUCUGUAUAGUUUAUGUAUGUGACUGUAGUAUAUAUGUUUAAUGGUAGACAGGACCACACAUCACUGGUUCAUUUCGUUCCACUGCCUAACCAAUCAUAAUCAGUUUUAACUUAUAUAUUGCAUACUUCUACAUGAUUGGUGGAGGUUUUCCAUCAAUCGCAUCAAUGUAACUAUCCAAUACUGGGUCCAAGAUCUACUAAUAUAUCAUCCAGAAGGUUUUUUUUUUUUUUUGUCUCUAUUUUUUUUUUUUUUCUUAGUAUGACUUGAUGAUAUUUUGUUAAUUGUUAUUGUUUUAAAUGUUACAACCUUGGGAAGAACUGUUGCACCCUGGGACACCUUAUUAGGCAAUGUGGUACUACUCACUGUGUAAGAAGCUGCUAUCCUCUUUGACAAGAUGAAGCUUCCCAUAGAGUUCCAAGUUGUGGCUUUCUAGGGCACAUUCAUUACAUAGGCACUGUGGUGCUUUCCCUCCAAAUACCGACCUGUAGCUUCCUAAACACCUAUAUGUAGGCAAGGUGGUGUUUUCCUCUGAAAACAGUAACUGCUUUUCAGCAAUGAAACAUCGCUGAUUGUUAUAAACAAUAUUCCUUGUACUGAUUCUUUUUAAGUUAAAUGUGUCAGAAACUUUAAAACAGAUAUCACUGAAAAACUGUUUUGGCCAAUGAAAUACCAAAAUUUAAACUAAAAUUGUGGAAGUUGCAUCGAAAAAUACAAUGGCUUUAUACCUUUAGAAUUAUUUCAAACAUACCUCUCUUUUCAUAAUUGAUUAGAAAAUUUUAAAAAUUUGAUUUUCAUAUAAAUUUUUUUGUGUUGUCACAUGUUAAUUAUUUUACAUUUAGAAGAAAAAGGUAAUUUUUAAAAAAUUAGUACUACUGCUGAACUCUGCUUGUGGUAUCGGUUUUAAGGAUCGUGUUAAGCUACAUCACCAGCACAAAUGUGAUGUACAGAGGUUUCCCGUAUUGUUAUCUCUUGUCACUAGUUACAUGUCUGUGAAUGUAUGUAGUCUGUCAGUUAUUUUUUUGUUUCUUGUUAUUUUACAAAAAAUAUUAAUUAUAUAAAUCAUGUGAAUAUGUAG